CGAUAAAUCGAUUUUAUCGAUUAACUCGAAUUUGACGUUUAAAGAAAAUCGGGCGAUUUGUUUUUAAUGAAAAUCGGUUUUCACUUGAACUUCCACCACCGACGCUCCCCUUAAUAGGCUUCCGUAGUUCAGAGUGGGCUCAGCGCGCCCCCCGCUCUCCUUACAGCCACACAGACAACAUGGCAGUUAACAAGGAUGAGCUCGUUCCAAAGAAAGGCUCAGUUUCAUCGGUUGUUUGGAAUUGGUUCGCUUUUUUGGUGUCAGACGCACAACAAAUAACGCCACAUUGCAAAGUGUGUUUAAAAGCUGUUGCUACCAAAGGUAGCAGCACAACAAAUUUAUUCCAGCAUCUUAAACAGAGGCAUGCAGCCGAGUGGGAGGUGUGUGCUUCUCAACGAAACGAACAAGACCGCAGUUCAAACACAGACACACCCGCAAAAAAACAAACUACGGUCCUAGAAAGAUUUUCGAACUGUAUCCCCUAUGACAAGAAAGGACCCCGGUGUAAAACAAUCACGGAUUCAGUGGCGAAAUAUAUAGCAAGAGAUAUGGUGCCAAUAUACACUGUGGAAAAGCCGGGGUUUAUUAACAUGCUGAAAGUUGUCGACCCCAGGUAUGUGCUACCAAGCCGCAAAUAUUUUGCCGAAGUUGCCUUGCCUCGCCUGUACAACAGUACUCGUGAAAAGAUCGCUAGAGAGCUGGAGGGGGUGUCGUUUUACUCCGCCACAACGGACCUGUGGUCCAGUCGAACGAUGCAGCCCUAUAUGAGUUUGACUGUGCAUUAUAUUGACGACUGGACUCUGCGAAGCGUCUGCCUCCAAACAGCGUACUUUCCCGAUGACCAUACAGGAGAAAUAAUUGCGCAGGGGCUAAAAGAUGCUUUGACUUCAUGGAACCUUGAUGAAGAACGACUCAUCUGUAUGACAACAGACAGCGGCACCAACAUAAUAAAAGCUCUGAGAGACAAUGAGUGGCCCAACCUCCAGUGCUUUGGACAUAAGCUGUACAACGCUAUAGAGAAUGGUGUGAAGGACCCACGAAUCAAUCGUGCUAUUGGGGUUUGUAAAAAGGCGGUUGCUGCCUUUUCCUAUAGUUGGAUGAAAAGAAGAGAGAUGGCUGAAGUACAGGCUGAGCUUGGUCUACCCAGUCAUCAGCUGGUAACGGAGUCCCCAACCAGAUGGGGUUCACGUCAAAAAAUGAUGGAGAGAUUUCUCGAACAGGAGAAGGCCAUAGUCCGUGUCCUGGGGUCCGACAAGAAAUGCCGUCAUCUUGUCCCCACUUGGCAAGAUAUUGAGGUUUUAGAGUCCGUAAAUAAAGCCAUCAAGCCACUCCAAGAAUUUACAGACGCCCUGUCCGGGGAGGCUUAUGUCAGUGUCUCCUACAUUAAACCGGUACUGCAUUUGUUCAAAAACAAUCUCCUACAGCCAGAGGAGGAAGACACCGAACUCACUAAAACAAUAAAAAGAAACAUAAUGCAGUAUCUUGAUGACAAAUACAGCGACCCUGUGAAGAAUGAACUCUUGGACAUGUCCUCACUGAUGGACCCCAGGUUCCGUACAACGUACAUUGACCCCAAGAAGGUGUAACAAAUCAAGAAAAGAGCUGUCACUGAGCUGAUGUCUCUGCCUGCUGAAAAAAGUACGCCUCAGCAGCCUGGUCCAGCUGUGCAGGUGUGCCAAAGAGAAGCACAUCCUCCGCCCAAUAAGAAAAUGACUUUAACUGUUUUCUUCAAGAAGAAUGUGCCAGAGCCAUCUUCUCAAUAACCAGAGGAAGUGAAAGUAGAGACAGAGCAGGCAACCUACCUACUGACCCCUGAGGUUGACCCAGACACUGAUCCACUUCAGUGGUGGAAACGUCACGAACCAAACUUCCCAAGGCUCAGUAAUCUGGCCAAAAAAUACAUGUCUGUCCCUGCUACAAGUGCCCCAUCAGAAAGGCUUUUCAGUGUGGGAGGGGGAAUUGUUACAUGUAACCGGGCAUGCCUCAAGCCAGAGGUAGUAGACAGGCUUGUCUUCCUGGCUAAAAAUGCAUAAAAGAAGAAUGUUGAAACUAAAGUAAUGGAUGCAGAUGUUUCAUUUUGUUUACAAGUUCAGGGAUUCAGAACAACUGUUGAAAGUUGUGUUUGCCCUUUAUGAAUACCACUGUUAAAAGUAUGUAUUUUUGUAAUACAUCUAAUUUUGUCAUUUUUGUUACAUUUAUUUGACCAAAAUUGUUUUUUCAAACUUUAUUUAUUAUUUAUAUUUUAAGUUAUUUUGAAGGUGCAUUGUGUCACUGUAAGUUUGAAGUUAUUAUAAAACUGAUAAGCUAGCUACAUUUUCACUGUUUACAAUGGCAGGGCCUGCCAUCUCGUUUACAAGCAUGUUUUGAGGCUUUUUUCCUGUUACACUUAUGCCCCAAGGGGACAUUUAGAUUAAACUGCAUAAGGGAAAAUCAGAACGAAAUAAAGAGUAUAUUUGUUUUGAGCAA